CAUUCCUCUUGCGUAGCUUCUUGUACCUUCAUAACUGCACUCCGAGUUCGUUUUGGAGUCCACAGCGGAGGAGAAAACUUGUUGUACUCUUGUCACCCAGAGCUGGAGCCAGAGGUGGAGCACCUGUUUGUGUCUGACGUCACCCCUACGAGCUUUAAACUGGCCUGGAGCGCCCCGGAGGACGUCUUUGAUAGCUUUGUCAUUAGAGUUACCGACGAGUCGACUGGUUCGCUAGAAGAGUUCACUGUGUCCAGCGACGAGAGGACUCAGGUGUUCUCAGAUCUUUUGGAGGACACAGACUACCAAAUUGAGCUCUUUGGAGUCAUUUUGGAACGUCGCUUCCCACCCCUUUCUGGUGCAGCUAAAACAGGCUUAGGAAUGCCGAAGGGCAUCCGUUUCUCUGACGUCACCGACACCUCUGCCACGGUCCACUGGAGUGUGCCCCGCGCCCGCGUGGGCAGUUACCGGGUGUCCUAUGUGCCCGUACAGGGAGGAAGCCCCGUGACUGUGACUGUGGACGGAGCAGAGUCUCAGACCGUCCUGCCCAACUUGACCCCCGGGGUCACGUACCAGGUGACCGUCAUCGCCGUCAAAGGCCUGGAGGAGAGCGAGCCCGGCUCCGACGCGGUCUCGACUGCUCUGGAUAAGCCCAGAGGCCUGAUGGCAGUGAACAUCACAGACACAGAGGCUCUGCUCCUGUGGCAGCCUGCCAUCGCCACUGUAGACGGUUACGUCAUCACCUACAGCGCCGACACAGUCGGCCCGGUGAUGGAGCGAGUGUCCGGCAACACUGUGGAAUUCGAGAUGACCUCCCUGACCCCAGCCACCCACUACACGGUCAAAGUCUACGCCGUGCGCGACUCUGCCAAGAGUGCCGCCACCACCGCGGAGUUCACCACGGAUGUGGACGCCCCCCAGGACCUGUCGGCCAGUAACAUCCAGACGGAGAGCGCCAUGCUGACCUGGAAGCCCCCGCGCGCUGACAUCAGUGGCUACAUCCUCAGCUUCGAGACUGUCCAUGGCACAGUCAGAGAAGUGGUGCUCAGCCCCACGGCCACCUCGUACAGCAUGUCCCAGCUCAGCGCCUCCACCGUCUACAACGUCGAACUGCAAGCGCUCGCCGGGCCCAAGAGGAGCAGAGUCAUCACCACCGUCUUCACCACCAUCGGAGUCCUGUACAAACACCCUAAGGACUGCUCCCAGGCCCUGCUGAAUGGAGAGUCCAGCUCCGGCAUCUACACCGUCUACCUGCGGGGGGAUGAGAGCCAGCCUCUGCAGGUCUACUGUGAUAUGACCACUGAUGGCGGUGGCUGGAUUGUCUUCGUGAGACGCCAGAGUGGAAAGGUGGAAUUCUUCCGUAACUGGAGGAACUACACCGCUGGCUUUGGGGAUCUAAAUGACGAGUUCUGGUUGGGUCUCUCAAAUCUGCACAAGAUUACUUCAACUGGGCAGUAUGAGCUUCGCGUGGACCUCCAAGACAAGGGCGAGGCCGUUUACGCUCAGUACGACAAGUUUUCCGUGUCGGAACCUCGCAGCCGCUACAAGGUGCACGUGGGUGGCUACAGCGGCACUGCAGGCGAUUCAAUGACCUACCAUCAUGGCCGGCCCUUCUCCACUUAUGACAAUGACAAUGAUAUCGCUGUCACCAACUGUGCCCUGUCCUACAAGGGUGCCUUCUGGUAUAAGAACUGCCACCGUGUGAACAUCAUGGGCAGAUAUGGAGAUAACAGCCACAGCAAGGGUGUGAACUGGUUCCACUGGAAGGGGCACGAGCACUCCGUUGAGUUUGCUGAGAUGAAGAUCCGGCCGGCCAACUUCAGGAAUUUUGAGGGCAGAAGAAAACGAUCAUAAAUGACCACACCCAUCUCUCCCCACUGCC